AUGUUUCUUGUACUUAAUGAACUCAAGAAUGUAGGUGAAGACAGACUUGCAAACUUCAACGCUUUGAAAUCAAUUAUUACGGAUAAUGAGAUUAGAAUUAAUGAAAAGAAUCAACCCAGAAGAACUGCUCAGAAUGUUGCAAACUUCAUUUUCGUAACUAACAACGUUUACCCUGUCAAAAUUGAAGUUGGAGACAGAAGAUACGUAGUUUUAAGGGUUAAUGGUAAAUUCAAGGGUCAAUUUGAUUACUUCAAGAAUUUAAUGGAUUCAUGCACAAAGGAAUUUUAUGAUAAUUUACUGACGUAUUUUAUGCAAUAUGACAUUUCAUCAUUUAAUGUACGAAUCAUACCGAUGACUGAAGCCAAACAAGAUUUAAUUGAAUUAUCAUCAAAUCCUUUAGAUGUAUGGAUAAAUACACAUUAUGAUGAAUUGUGUGCAGGUAUGACGUGUAAAAAUGCUCUAUUCUGCAAACCAUCAGACAUGAAAGACAAGAAUUUCCAAAUGAGCAUUAAGGAUAAAUGUGAAAGGAAACAAAGAAAAAUAGAUGGUAAACAAACAUGGUAUUAUGUUUUGAAAGAAGAAAUGAAAGGAUUAUAUAAACAAAUUGAACCAAACGAUAAUGAGGAUUCAUUUACUGACGAUGAAAUACCUGUAAAUGAAGCUUUAUAA